AAAUGGUCGUUUUAGUUAGGUGGGAGCGCUUCGAGUUAAAGACACGACACAUCUCCAAACUCAUCGACAACUUCGGACAUACUCCAACAACGAAUAAUCGAGAAGAAAAACAAUUAAAAAAAAACCAUUCGCCGGAGACACGGUUAUUCCGACGCCGGAGGAAGGAAAAAUAAAACAAGAUGAAACGGAGAGGAUUCGGGUUCUCUCUCCCCGUGGCGGUGGUGAUGAUGGUGAUCGGUUUCAUCUAUUUCUCAACGGUUUUCACUUACAUCGAUCGGUGGUUCAGCCUCACUUCCUCUCCCGGGAUCGCUAACGCCGCCGCUUUCACCGCCUUGGCUCUGAUGUGUGUGUACAGCUACUCCGUCGCGGUUUUCAGGGAUCCGGGUCGGGUUCCAUCCAGUUACAUGCCGGAUGUUGAAGAUCAGGAGAGUCCUGUCCAUGAGAUUAAGCGAAAGGGAGGAGAUUUGAGGUAUUGUCAAAAGUGUUCACAUUUCAAACCUCCGAGAGCUCACCAUUGCCGAGUUUGCAAAAGAUGUGUGCUUAGAAUGGACCACCAUUGUAUUUGGAUCAACAACUGCGUAGGACACACUAACUACAAGGUCUUCUUCGUAUUUGUUGUCUAUGCGGUGACUGCAUGCAUAUACUCUCUGGUUUUGCUUGUGGGAAGCCUUACUGUUGAAUCUCAAGAUGAAGACGAAGAAAUGGGAAGCUAUUUAAGAACUAUAUAUGUGGUUUCAGCUUUUGUUCUUAUUUCAUUGAGCAUCGCGUUAGGUGUUCUUCUCGCGUGGCACAUUUACCUCAGUUUACAAAACAAAACAACCAUCGAGUACCACGAAGGAGUAAGAGCUAUGUGGUUAGCAGAGAAAGGUGGCCAAGUCUAUAAGCAUCCAUAUGACAUAGGCCCAUAUGAUAACCUUACCUUGAUUUUGGGUCCGAACGUACUCUCUUGGCUCUGCCCUACAUCAAGGCAUAUCGGUUCCGGUCUGCGUUUCCGUACAGCUUUUGACUCAGUCCCUGUUUCUUCCGAAACUAAACCUUAGCCAUGAUCCAAAUCAUGUAUUCCUAACUUUUGGAGGCGAGUUCCAUCGGAAAAAAAGGCAUUAGAUUGUGAACUUCAUAGCGGUUUGCCUCGUCCCCUUCUCCGGUGUUUUAGAUGCCUCAGCUCAGAACCAAGACUUGCCUUUAAUCACUAGCAGAGGCUGCUUGAUUCAAAGAACAUCAGUUUGUGAAAUUAUGAUGCCAGUUAGGUCAGUUAUUCCCUCUGUUUUUUUUUGGCUGCUUGAUUCAAAGAACAUCAGUUUUUUUUUUUUUGUGGAUACAUAACUCAAAAAUUAUACAUGACAAUUAACAGGUGAAAAUACAUCUUUGUAAGAUUAUCAAAAGCUUUUAUAAUCUCUUAUAAGAAUCAGACAGUUCUCUCA